AUGCCGAAAGCCCUCGUAAUCGAGAAAGUCGAGGGGAAGCCGGGAAAGGUCUACUACCCGCUCAAGACCAUCCAGCAGCCCGAGCCCACGCCCAAAGAUAACCAAGUCGUCGUCAAGAUCACUGCCGCUGCCCUCAACCACCGCGAUCUUUUCAUCCGACAAGCUCUCUACGGCGCCAUUGGCUUCGGUGUCCCCCUCCUUGCAGAUGGGUGUGGUGUAGUCGUCAAGACGGGCUCUUCGGCUGAAGCAAAGAAAUGGCAGGAUAAGCGCGUCAUUCUCAACCCGGGCCAUGGAUGGAAAGAUGAUCCCGAUGGACCCGAGGCUGCAGGUGGCUAUGCCAUUCUGGGAGGCACGAAGCUGAACCCGCUUGGAACGGCGGCGGAGAUGGUCUGCAUUGAUGCGGCAGAGAUUGAAGAGGCGCCGAAGCACCUGACCUCUGCGGAGGCGGCUGCUUUGCCUUUGGCGGGCUUGACGGCUUGGAGAGCAGUAAUGACCAAGUCACAGAACGCGAGGCCUGGGCGAAACAUUCUCGUGACGGGUAUCGGUGGUGGUGUCGCUGUCAUGGCGCUGCUGUACUGUGUUGCUGCUGGUGCGAACGUAUAUGUGAGCAGUGGAAGUCAAGAGAAGAUUGAUAAGGCGAAGAGCCUUGGUGCGAAGGGUGGUGUGAAUUAUAAAGAGAAGAACUGGGACAAGACACUGCUGGGAAUGCUGCCGAAGGAUCGAAAGAAGUUGGACGCUAUCAUUGACGGUGCGGGUGGAGAUGCUGCCGAGAAGGGCGCGAAGCUGUUGAGGGUAAGACGUCUCGUCAUGUUCAUCGCUUGGAAAUUGUGCUGACGAAUAUACCAGGAUGGAGGCAUCAUCUCGCAAUACGGCAUGACGGUCGGUCCAAAGAUGACCUGGAUCAUGCCAGACGUGCUCAAGAACAUUGAGCUUCGCGGCAGCACAAUGGGCUCGCGGAAAGAGUUCGCCGACCUGGUGAAAUUCGUCAACGAGAGAGGACUGAGACCGCUUGUGAGCAGGACGGUGCAAGGGAUUGACAAUCUCAAGGACAUCGACAGCCUGUUUGAAGACAUGAAGAAUGGCACACAACUGGGCAAGCUGGUGAUUGAGAUCUCGCCAGACGCAAGCAAGAGCAAAUUGUAG